AUGACCGCGGGGAGGAGGAUGAAGAUGCUCUGUGCCAGCAGGGUCCCUGCGCUGCUGCUCUGCCUGGGUUUCCAUCUUCUACAGGCAGUCCUCAGUACAACUGUGAUUCCAUCAUGUAUUCCAGGAGAGUCCAGUGAUAACUGUACAGCUUUAGUUCAGACAGAAGACAAUCCACGUGUGGCUCAAGUGUCAAUAACAAAGUGUAGCUCUGACAUGAAUGGCUACUGUUUGCAUGGACAGUGCAUCUACCUGGUGGACAUGAGUCAAAACUACUGCAGGUGUGAAGUGGGUUAUACUGGUGUCCGAUGUGAACACUUCUUUUUAACCGUCCACCAACCUUUAAGCAAAGAAUAUAUGGCUUUGACCGUGAUUCUUAUUAUUUUGUUUCUUAUCAUAGUCGUCGGUUCCACAUAUUAUUUCUGUAGAUGGUACAGAAAUCGAAAAAGUAAAGAACCAAAGAAGGAAUAUGAGAGAGUUACCUCAGGGGAUCCAGAGUUGCCGCAAGUCUGA